UUGAAAUUCCCUUCAGAAUAAUUCAAUUGAACAAAUUCUUUGUAAUGAGUUAUCCUACAAAGCCGAAUAAUGGGACACCCCCUGGUCGGGAUAUUCGAUGGGCUGAUACUGAUGAUGAGCCUCCAACAUCACCAGAUCCGCGACCAUUCAAGAGGCCGGACGAACCACCUCUGGGGCCUCCCGAUCCAGAGCCCAUCCUAGGUCCACGGGUUAAGCCAUCCAGAUACAUUACAACCACCGAGGAUAACAAAAAUUCAGGCUUCGAGCAGAUAGCCGUCUGCCUGUCUUUGUUGCUUGUGGUCAUCACAUUUCCCCUGUCGAUCUUCUUGUGCCUGAUUGUGGUAAGGGAGAACCAUCGGGUGCUGAUUUUCCGACUGGGUCGCGUCAGGAAGGGCGUCAGGGGCCCUGGCCUCGUUUGGACUCUGCCGUGCAUCGACUCCUUUGUCAAGGUAGAUCUACGCACCUUUUCGACCGAGGUGCCCUCUCAGGACAUCCUCACCAGGGACUCGGUGACGAUUUCCGUGGACGCAGUGCUGUACUUCUGCAUCAAAGAUCCCAUGGAUGCCCUCAUUCAGGUGGAUGAUGCCCGGGAGGCUACCGUGUUGAUAGCCCAGACCACACUGAGGCACAUAGUCGGUGCCAAGCCGCUCCAUACCCUUCUCACCUCGAGAGACACCCUUUCCAAGGAGAUCCAGGUUGCCGUCGAUGAUAUCACGGAACGAUGGGGAGUGCGAGUGGAGAGAGUGGACGUGAUGGACAUCAGUCUACCACUUUCUAUGCAGCGAUCAUUGGCCAGUGAGGCAGAGGCAAUUAGGGAGGCGCGGGCCAAGAUCAUUUCAGCCGAGGGCGAGCGCAAUGCCUCGCAGGCUCUGAAGGAGGCAUCCGAUGUGAUGUCACAGAACCAGAUCACCCUGCAGCUAAGACAUCUACAAAUUCUUACCGGAAUCGCAGCCGAACAUAGCUGCACGAUUAUUUUUCCAUUCCCCAUGGAUGUGAUGACAGCGUUUGGCACCGUGGAAGGAUCCUCUAAAAUCAAUCAAAAGCCGGAUGGAACAGAUGCCGGUGGGGAGAACCAGACCUCAGAUUUUGAUCAAUUUGGAGACUUCACCCCGAAGGUGAUAAUCACAGAGCCACCAAAUCUCCCCGAAGACCUACGUUUCGAGGAGAGUCGAGAGGAACCAGAAACGAGUAACACACAGACGCGGGAAGAAACGGAACGGAAAGCUGAAAUUCCAGAAUCUAUGCAGGAACGAAAAGGUGAGGAUGCAGAAUCGCUACAUGAACAAACAGGAAUGGAGAAUGAUAUCAAGAGCAGUGAGGGAAAUAGUAACAACGAAAGGAAAGUAGAAACAGCGGCAGUAGCUGAGAAUGAUAAUAGAUAUGGUAAUAGUAGCAGAAUAGCAUCGAGGCUUACACGUCUUAUUUCGCCACAUUCUAGACAACCCCAUACAAGAAUCGAGAGUGAAACUGAUCCUCCAACCAGGCCCGCAGCUGAUCAGCACCGACAGCGUCAAGCUGGAAAUGAAAUCAGUUACUAUUCCAUAAUUCCCGAGAAAGAAGAUGAACCAGAUACAAAUAUUAAAGCUAGUUUAUCGCGAUCUCCUCCGCCGAGACCGCCACCACCUCCCCCUCCGCCUACUCCGCCGCCUCCUCCUCCGUCUACGCCUUCAGCACCGCCCUGGAAUCCUUGGGACGUUUAUUAGUUAUUUAAUCGGAUUGACAUAAAUACCUAAUGUAAAUAUACAUAUGAGCACUGGCAAAGUAAUGGCAAAUAAAGUACAAUUUGUAUU